AACAGAACAAAGGGUGGGGGAAAAUGUAUACAUGUAAGAAUAAUUUGAUUCCCAUGCUGUACAGUGGGAAAAAAAAUCUCUUUAGACAUAAGAUAAAAAAAUAAAUAAAAGUUCUGUCACCAAAAAAUUUGCAUUGUAAGACUUCACAAGAAGAUUUGGCUUCACAUGAAUUGCCCCUGUUUUUUGGUCAAUGAGAAAAUCAGUAAACACUAGUUGGGUUUAUUGCUGACCAUUCUACCAUCAGAUUGAAAUACUUCUUUAAAUGUUUUAGUAUGCAGUGGGUAAUCGUUGGGUCUUCCUAAUCCAGGAGCUAGGCUGCCUACAUCUCAGAUUAUUAUGGAACAAAAGCAGGCUUGAGUUUGAGCCUAGGCUUUGCAACACAUCAGUUACCUGACUUUAGGCUUAAACUCUCUUGGUUUAAAAAAGGUAAGUUCCUUAUCUUUAAAAUGAUAAAAACUGUGCAGUUCAAAUGAGGUAAUGCAUGGGGAAAAACCUCACACACAGUUGCUGGUUUAGGAAGAGUGAUCAGUACAAUAUCUUCUCCAUCAUAUUUAUCUUCCUGUAUUAUUUCUUCAUUCCUCUACCUUUUCUCUCUUCUUCCCUUCCCUAUUUCAUUUCUUCUGUCUUUUCACUGGGUUCAUGGAAAAUUUCUACAUUUGUACAUUGAUGAACUUGGACUUAUCAUAGUAAAGAAAUUAUUAUCUUUUAAAAAUUAUUUGAUUUAUUACAAGUAAAAGAGAGAAGUAAAAUGGAAUGGGAAAACCAAACUAUUCUGGUGGAAUUUUUUCUGAGGGGGCUUUCUGGCUACCCAAGGCUUGAGCUACUCUUUUUUGUGCUAAUCUCCAUAAUGUAUGUGGUCAUCCUCCUGGGCAAUGGCACCCUUAUUUUAAUCAGCAUCGUAGACUCCCACCUUCACACCCCUAUGUACUUCUUCCUGGGGAACCUCUCCUUCCUGGACAUCUGCUACACCACCACCUCCAUUCCCUCUACGCUGGUGAGCUUCCUGUCAGAAAGAAAGACCAUCUCCUUCUCUGGCUGUGCAAUGCAGAUGUUCCUGGGCUUGGCCAUGGGGACAACAGAGUGUGUGCUCCUGGGCAUGAUGGCCUUUGACCGGUAUGUGGCUAUCUGCAACCCUCUGAGAUAUUCUGUCCUCAUGAGCAAGGCUUCCUAUGUGCCCAUGGCAGCUGGGUCCUGGGUUGCAGGGGUUAUCAACUCUGUGGUACAAACAGCAUUUGUGGUACAAUUGCCUUUCUGUAGGAAUAAUGUUAUCAAUCAUUUCUCCUGUGAGAUUCUGGCUGUCAUGAAACUGGCCUGUGCUGACAUCUCAGGCAAUGAGUUCAUCAUGUUCGUGGCCACGACAUUGUUCACAUUGAUGCCCCUGCUCUUGAUUAUCAUGUCUUACUCAUUAAUCAUUUCCAACAUUCUGAAGAUUCGCACUUCUGAGGGGAGAAGCAAAGUCUUCUCUACCUGCUCAGCUCACCUGACUGUGGUGAUAAUAUUCUAUGGAACCAUUCUCUUCAUGUACAUGAAACCUAAGUCUAAAGAGACACUUACUUCGGGUGACUUGAAUGCCACUGACAAACUUAUAUCCAUGUUCUAUGGGGUGAUGACUCCCAUGAUGAAUCCUUUAAUCUACAGUCUUAGGAACAAGGAUGUGAAGGAAGCAGUGACACAUCUAUUUAACAGAAGGUUUUUUAGAAAGUGAGUGGGAAAAGUAUUGGAUUGUGAACACAUUGUACAUUGUUGAAAUUUGAGAAUUAUGUUGGAUAUUUGGUUACUUCUUGUACUUUCAUGCAUUAUUUUAAAAAAAUUUUAUAAUGACAUAGCAGUUCAAAAUUAUUGCAUGCUCAUUCUGAAGAAUUUGCAAGGUACAGGACAGUAGCAUUAGGAAAAGAGAGAUAUCACCUAUUGUUCUAACAUUAGGAGAUGGCCGCUUUUGAAAAAUAUCUUUCAUAUUCUGUAUGAUUUACAGCAUUGGAACUGGGCAUUAUAUGCCUCUUUUGUUUUCUUUUCUAUACAACAUUAUUUCAUAGGGAACACUUCAUUAAAUCUUUCAAAAUAGUAAGUCUCUCCAUUGUGAAGAAAGGUAAUCAGAAAACUUCCAAACACUGUACCCACAUUUUCCAUGGAAUGUCUUAUGUUGUAGAUUCACAUUAACCUCCAAAUCACCCUAAGCUAGGAUAUACUAUUUUCUUGCUCAGUAUUUGGAGUUUUUCUUUUUUUUUUUCCCUGUGUAAAUCUGAGAGCACUGAGCAUUUGGGACUAUUGAGGGAGUGGGUAAAUGGGGCUCAUGGGGGGGAGUCCUAUGCAAUCAAUCAAGAUGACCUUUUUAUUUCCUUAAAAGUUUUUUCCAGCCUAUAUGUUAGCUUUAGCAUAGCAAAAAUGUUGCAAAAUUAAAACUAAGUUUGAAAUCUGGUCUGCUGUUCUAGAUAAAAAUAGGGACAAGUGUUAGAGGGAUGUCGUAUCAGUGUGAUUUAGAAGCAGCCAGAUUUCUUUGAUAUCCUGAGGAAAUUCCAGUUUUUUUCCAAGUCUCAGAAUAUCCAAGCUCUUGAUAUUUAGUGUAGAUGUGCAUUUAUGUCCUCUUUUUUUCCUUUCUUGGCCAUCCUGCAGCAUAUGGAGUUCCUGGGGAAGGGAUCAGAUCCUGUGCACCACAGUUGUGACGUAUGCCCCAGCUUUGGCAAAGCUGGUGUGGGGAUGGAAUCUGUAUCCUGGUGCUGCAGACAAGCUGUGGAUCUCCUUGCACCACAGUGGGAACUCCUGCCUUUAUGUCUUGUCUAGGUGUAUCCGAUUCACACCCUGACAACACAGACUGUAAAAACCUAUCUGUUCUCACACACCAGCUCACAGAACCUUUUCUUGCCUAAGAUUCCUGUAGAUGGAGAACCUCUGAAGUCUGUAGUUGGGCGUAUUGUUUUUGAUCUGUAGGCUAUCUUGCAUAC